UCUGGCGCGGUCGGCCGUGUUUGUGUUAGCUCGUGUCACGGCCACAGACUAAAAAAAAAACAUUUCGCGCGUCUUUUGACAGCUAAUUCGAAAGUUUCCUGUGCGUUCGGAAAUCGUAACCGAGUCACAAGUGUCGUUCUAAGAACCGAAUCGAAGGAUAUUGGAGAGGUAAUUUGCAGUGUUAAUUAUUGGCUCGCGGUGGCCGUUUGAGACGCUACAAAGUGAUGAAUCAGCGAACGCCGGCUAAUUAACAGCGCAGCUACGAAAACAAAUCUUGACACCUUCAACUGCCGCUGUGUAUUUAACGUGAAAGGCAGCGGCCGGCAGCAAGCUGUUUUACCCUUACCUGAAGACUUCAUCCCUACACAGGGACUUCCUGUUUGCCAGUGGCUCCGAGGCCAUUGCAAUCACAGCCUUUAUGAAAAAUGAAAAUCCCUAUGCGUGGGUAUCGAAUGGACGGGACAUUGAAACUAGGAGCUAUAACGAGUCGGGAUGCGAGGCUGACAUGCUGGAGGGCGCGGAGCUGGGCCGGCACUCGCCGCCCCGGCCGCAGCAGGAGCCCAUCAAUCUCAAGAAUGAGCAGGCGGAGUCGGACCGUGAGAGCGGCGCGAGCUCGCCAGAAGGCGGCGGCCGACUGCCGGCCGAAGCGCGUUCGCCGUCGCCGCGCGCGCGCUCCCCCCACCACAACACACACUUGAAUGGCUCCAUGGCAUCGAUGUUCCAAAACCUCCAGAACUUGGCGAGCAUGCAGCAGAACAUGGCGCCGAUGUCUCAGCAGCAGAUGUCCCAACAGAUGUCCCAGCAGAUGUCCCAGCUAGCCGCCAACCUGCAGGGCCUCAACUCUAUGCCAUCCAACCCUGUCAUCAACUCGCCCUUGAACCUCAGCGUUAGUGCCCCAGCAGGCAUGGGGUCGCCGACGCCUGUGGGCAAUAGCAGCAUGCUACCGCCUGCGCUGCCCUCGCCCAUGCCGCAGCUGAUCCUUGCCUCCGGUCAGCUGGUGCAGGGAAUACAGGGCGCGCAGCUCCUCAUACCCACCUCGCAGGGAAUUGCGACGCAAACCAUCCUCACGAUACCCGUCAAUCACGUGAACUCAAACGACCAAAUGGUCAACUUGGCGCUGAACAAUGGCCAAGUGGUGUCAACAUCAUUAGCCAAUCUCCAAGCGAUGGCCCAACCUCACCAGCUACUCAACUCUAACCCGCAACAGCCGGCUAACAUUCGACCCAACAUGCUAAACCCGACGCUAUCGAACGCGCUACUGAACCCGGGUUUGCCAAACUUCUUGACCAACGGAGCUACCAAUGCUCAAGAGCUAUUACAAGCACUUCAACAACAACCGCAAGGGAAUCACAACCUUCUGCAAACAGUGCAACAGAACAAUUUGCCGCAGCAGAUGCAGGGCAGGCGGUCGUCUUCGCCGCGCUCCGACAGGCAUUACAAGGAGAGGGAGAACUUUGACAGAUUUGGUGGAGGUCCCAGAGAGAGGAAUGAAAGGGACAAUGUUGGUGCAGCUGCUUUAAACAGUAUUAACAGGCUUGCUGCGUCGAAUGGCGAGAUUACAAUCACGACAUCACACGCGAGCGGCGCGCCGUGCAGCUCGACGAGCUGCUCAAACUCUUCGCCGCAUGCGCCUGUCAAGCUCUCGCCGGGAUCCAUCAAGUCGCCGCCCCAGGAAGAUGCGGACUUGCUAGCAGAUUCGCCAAACCAACCCACCAUCAGUCAGUCUUCUGGUAACGUGGUGGAUGGCAUUAACCUCGAGGACAUUAAGGAGUUUGCGAAGGCGUUCAAGCUACGCCGGCUCGGCCUCGGCCUGACGCAGACACAAGUUGGGCAGGCGCUAUCCGUCACCGAAGGACCAGCGUAUAGCCAAAGCGCAAUUUGCAGUGCCCUGGCUUCGCAGAUGCUAGCAGCUCAGCUGUCAUCACAGCAACAAAACAUAUUUGAGAAAUUGGAUAUAACACCAAAAAGUGCGCAGAAAAUCAAACCGGUGCUCGAACGUUGGAUGAAGGAAGCCGAAGAGAGGUACGCUUCCGGACAGAACCAUUUGACGGACUUCAUCGGGAUGGAGCCAAGUAAAAAACGCAAACGACGGACAUCUUUCACGCCUCAAGCUCUGGAACUUCUCAACGCACAUUUUGAAAGGAACACCCAUCCUUCAGGCACGGAGAUCACCGGACUAGCGCAUCAGUUAGGAUACGAGCGGGAAGUCAUCAGAAUAUGGUUCUGCAACAAGCGCCAAGCGCUCAAGAACACAGUUCGCAUGAUGUCCAAGGGAAUUGUCUAAACCGUACAACAAAAUCUAGCAAAUUAAUUCCAUUACACGACUACAAGAAUGAAUCCGGCAAAUAGUGAUGGGUGAUGUCGAUAGUUUCGCUUCAAAAAAAGCACGUAGAAAUUUUCAACGUGACACCAUUUUUUUUUUUGCAAUAUUCUAAAUAAUCGAUAUUCCCUUCCUAUGUAUCGUUUUAAUCAACAUUUGGCCUUAACAUGAAUCUGAAACGAUUCCAGCCAAGAUUAUAAAAGUAAGCUAUGAUUUUUUUUUUAAUAAAAAAAUAAUUGUUAAAAUACAAUUUUCGACUGAUAUAUUCGUCUCGUAGAUACUUUUACAAUGAUAUGAGUGGUAUGUGUAGUUUAUAAAUAUAGGUGUUUAGUACAAAAGACAAAAGUACGCAUUAUAAUGAACUUAUGUAACCAAAAUUGAUUUCAAACUAUUUCAAUAUUACUAUAACGUUUAGGAAUGGAAUAUUAUUUACGGCAUUUAGCCUCGAAUUCUUAUUAUAUAAAGCAUAAGGUCAAAAUUCCUCAAAAUUGUGCACACAUUUAUAUAUUAUUUUCUUAUAUUAUUUGUUAUAUAAUUGCAUUUUGUAAAUAAGUACAAUAAACCGAAGUCUCGGCGUCAAAGCGAAGUAGAUAAUAGACAUUAAUUUAUUUGAAUACUCCUGAUUUGAUUAUGUUGUUCUUAGUGAAUGUCGCACUAUAGUUAUUUAGUAGUAUGGAUAUUAAGUAGUCAGAAUGUCUUGUAUUAGUGGCCUACUGAGAGUUCUUUCAAAUAUUAGUUUCUGUUGAUAGAUAGGCAUGAAGCGAUAUUAUGUAUAGAUUUAAUUACAUGUACGAUGUCGUAAAUUGUAUAUAUUAUUCACGUAUUUUUAGUUCAUUAAAAUGUAUUAUUAUUUUUACGUACCUAUGAUAGGUAAGUCCUAGCUUUUUAAGAUAUUUAGUAAAUCAAGUUGGGUUUCUGUUGCUAAUAAUCUUUUUUAAACGAUUAAAUGUUUGCCUUAAUUUAAAAAAUUUGCAAAUUGUUUGUUUAUAUUGUAAGGCAUUUUUAAAUACGAAAUACAUAUAACAGGAGGUCUUAACACGUUAUAAAAAAAAAUUAGUGUGCACAUUUUUUGAGAUGAUACAAAUAAAAAAAAACUAAUAAAAUUACCUCGCAUUUGGAAAGUAGAUUUUGAAAGAUUAUAUACAAAUAGAGUUUUGGAAAAAAAUUAAAUUAUAUAUUUAUGUUUUAGAUCCUCAAAAAAAGUGCACACUGAACUUAUGAAGUUCCGAAAACAUUUUUAUUUUUCCAACAAAAAAAAAACAUUUAACGCAAUAGUAAAGCAAAUAAUUUAAAUAACGAACAACAUUAGAAGUGACAGGAUCAUUUCUGAGCUAAUGUAACUUCGUAGUAAGUUUUUUUUUAACAAUAUGUACGCCUUCGUUCGCACGGACGCUUUUUUAACGCCGCGUUAAAGUGACAAACGAGAAUGUCGUUGGCAAAAAAUCAUUUCGUUUGAACAGCAUUUCUAUGAACAGAUGGAAAUGCAUUUGUUUUAUUUGAACGCUUUUUUAACGCGCGAUUAAAUAACGCCCGUGUGAAUGAGAGGUUUGUAUAAAUAUUUAAGUUGUAAAGCUAGUGUAGGACCUGCUGUUAAGUGUAUUACGAUAGCAAUAAGGCUGUAAAUUAAUGUAUGUUAAUGACCAAUGAAAACCAACUUGUGAUCAUUAAUAUUUGUACUGUUACCUACUACUGUAACAAGAGUCGUUAAAAAAUAAUAUUAUAAAAAAAAAUUGAACAUAUUUUUCGGCUGUUGAAAAAUUGUAAAUACAAUAUUAAGAAUAAAAAAAAAAACUAUUUGGAUUAAUAUUUAGGAAACAAAGGUGAAAAAAAAUAUUAUCGAAAUUUAUAUUUUCAAAAAUUAUUACAAGUGCAAAAAAAAAUGUGUAUUUAAUGAAAGAAAAAUCGAGGAAUGUUCGGCCAUAAUCUAAAUUAAUGUUAUAAGAAAAACGGGAUUUUUUAUCGACUACAACACAUCACUACAACCACGAGAAGCAGUAAGGUAAACAGACAAUCGAUAAGUGUGACGCGAUAUUGCUUUUAUAUACAUAUGUACUUAUAUUUAUGGAAUCAGGUUGUUUUUAUAAUUAUUUUCUGGCAUCUCAAAUUUUCAACAAACCAAUUCUAUAUGGAUUAAAUAAAAAGAAAAUUCUCUUGCUUCAGCCAUAUGUUGCCCACAGCUGGGCAUAGGCUUCUACCAAAUACAGCCACAAAAAAAAUUACAAAUGAAAAUCCAUAUCCUCUGCCUACCCCUCUGGGUUACGGAUAUGUUUAACUAUCAAUGGAAUUCAGUAGAUUGUAACAUGUAACACGAAAUAUAAUAUAUUAAAAAAAAACAGAAAACCGCAGCCGUGUUUAAACUUUUUCCAUAAUCGCGGUAUCCGUAACUUAUGCCCCAAAUAUUAGAUUUAACUGGUUAUAACUAGUAUUCCAUAUCUUAUAUGCAAUCAUUAAUAAAUUAUGUUUUAAACAUUUGUUCCUCUAUUUCCAUUGAAAGUAACGAAUCAAUAGUUUUUGUGAAGCAGAAUCUUAGGAUGUUACUCGUGCUAGUACCAGUAAAUAAAAUUAAAAAAAAAAACCUGAUUCCCCACAAACAUUAGCGUAAUAGAACGAAGCAUAGAAUGCUAAGUACAAAUAAUAAUUUUAACGUUAAAACUGCUAGUCCCGUUAUAAUAAAGCUAUUUUUAAAUAAAUAACGCGGCAAAAUCGCGUCGCACCACUGGUUUUCAUGAUCCGCAUGUAUAAUCUAUAAUAAAAUAGUUUAAAUACAAUUAUAAAGGUCUACUACACAUAACUUCAUCUGUAACACAUAUUCAAACCAAACUGUAACAAUAUGUAAUAGUGUAUUAAUUUUUUUCUUCCUGUAACGGUACCGAAUGAAAGACUAUGGCUGCUGGUUUACGAAAAGGGGCGGAUUAAAGGCAGAUAACUGUUU